ACUGGAAGGCGAGUGUCAGGUAGAGAGUGUACAAUUACUUGGAAGGAAUCAAAUAAAGCGAACAAAAAAAAGAAUAAACCUUCAUGUACCUCGAAUAAAAUUGCCUGAUUAUGAGUAAAAGACAAACAGCCAUUCAUUGGUUUCGUAAAGGACUUCGUGUUCAUGAUAAUCCAGCAUUAGCUACAGCUGUUAACGAGGCAAUUAAACGGGAUUUAAUUCUUCGUCCUAUGUUUAUGCUUGAUCCAACGAUCAUUCAAUGGUUGAAAGUUGGUCCAAACAGAUGGAGAUUUCUACAACAAACACUUGCUGACUUGGAUAAAAAUUUACGAAAACUAAACACCAAACUUUUUGUUGUUCGCGGGAAUCCAAAAGAAGAUUUUAUAAAAUUAUUUAAAGAGUGGAACGUAAUACUUUUAACAUUUGAAAGUGACAUCGAACCUUAUUCUGUUGACCGAGAUGCAACUGUUAUUAAAGCAGCAAAACAAUUUCAUAUUGAAGUCAUUCAAGAAUGUUCACAUACUAUUUUUAAUCCUGAAUUGGUUGUUAAAAGAAAUGGAGGGAGUGCACCUUUAACUUAUCAAAAAUUUCUCUCUGUUGCAAGUUCUAUAAAAGUGCCUUCACCUGUUGAAUUCCCACCGAAAUUGCCGGCUUCAAGUCUACCUGUAAAUGAUCAUUAUGAAGAAAAAGAUGAAAACUGUUACGAUGUUCCAACAUUAAAAGAACUUGGAUUAAAUGAAAAGGAUUUGGGAUCAUGUCAGUUUCCUGGUGGAGAAUCUGAAGCUUUAAGUAGAAUGGAAAUGAAUCUCAAAAGAAAGAAAUGGAUCUGCGACUUUGAAAAGCCAAAGACAUCACCAAAUUCUCUUGAACCAUCAACAACAGUUUUAUCACCGUAUCUAAAAUUUGGAGCUCUGAGUUCAAGAUUGUUUUAUAAAAGACUUAAAGAAGUAUAUAAGGGAAGUAAACAUUCAAACCCACCAGUAUCGCUUGAAGGGCAAAUAAUGUGGCGUGAAUUUUACUAUACGGUUGCAGCAACAACACCGAACUUUAACAAAAUGGUUGGUAAUAGAGUUUGCGCUCAAAUUCCUUGGGUAAAGAAUCAGAAAUAUCUAGAAGCAUGGAGUUUUGGUCGAACUGGUUAUCCUUUCAUUGAUGCAAUAAUGAGACAAUUACGACAAGAAGGUUGGAUUCAUCAUUUGGCUAGACAUGCUGUAGCUUGUUUUCUUACACGUGGAGAUCUUUGGUGUCAUUGGGAAGAAGGACAAAAAGUGUUUGAAGAGCUUCUUCUAGAUGCUGAUUGGGCUUUGAAUGCUGGAAAUUGGAUGUGGCUUAGUGCAAGUGCAUUCUUUCAUCAAUAUUUUCGUGUAUACAGUCCAGUAGCUUUCGGUAAGAAAACUGAUUCGGAGGGAAAGUUCAUCAAGAAAUACGUCCCGGAAUUGAAAAACUUUCCUUCAGGAAUAAUUUACGAGCCUUGGAAAGCUUCCUUAGAAAAUCAGAACAAAUAUGGUUGCAUCAUUGGAAAAGAUUAUCCGAACAGAAUUGUUGACCACGAUAUUGUAAUGAAAGAAAAUUUGGUGAAAAUGAAAGCUGCUUAUGCAAAAAAAAAAAAAUUUAAGCGAUGAGGAGGUAAGAGGAGAAAAAAGAAAAGCAAACGACGAAGGCACCGUUGGCUCCAGUAAAAGAGCAUCAACGAACAAAAAACAGAAUGUGAUUGACAAAUAUUUUACCAAGUCGUUUAAUGACUUUUCUUCUCCUUCUCUUAAGAAAUGAAUUUUCUCAUCGUAAACAAUUUUAUACAGUUAAUUACAAUUUCUUUUUACUACAUUCAUUUAUUUAUCUACUUAUUUUCACAUGAUUUAUUUCUUUAAUGCCAUAAAAUAUUUUUUCUUGUUAUUUUCUCUAAU